UGCUGGUGCUGCGCCGUGUGGAUUAAUUCAGCUUUUUUUCUUGCAUUUGGAAGACUCGUGAAGGGGAAAAGUCAGUUGAGAAAACAAAAAAAAAUCUACAAACACUCGCCUGGCCAAAGGACUUUAGAUAAAUCCAGCGCCCGGGGUCUGUGUGAGCUGGCUUGUAUUUGUCCCGGAUUGGGGUUGGUCAAUCCUCCUUGGCAGAAGGACCUCAUUGUUCAGGGGAGUGUUUUGCCUUCAUUCCAAUCUGAUUGGAGGAGGUUCCUGUAAAGCAAGAUGGUAAUCGCAGACUCAGAAGGAUAAUACUGGGCUUCAAUGCAAUUAGUUGGAUCUUUGCGGUGGUAAAUGGAUCCUCUGGGUCGUACCAGUCCAGUCGCUAGAGGUUAAGAUCGACGUUGAUUCCCAGCCUGUGACCUAGGCUGUUUUUUCACUUCCGGAAGAUCGUAUGCUCACUCUGGGAUCAUAAAACAAUGUUCAGCUCCAGUGGAAUACCAUGGCUGUCUUUUGUCCUUGCCCCGACUUUGAAUCUAAAUGUCCUGCUUUGGAUAACGACCCUUGCAGUGCGGUCUGGCCUCCUCAGUUGCCAGGAAAACUACCCCAUCGUCAACACCAACUACGGGAAGCUGAGAGGGGUGAGAAUGCCACUUCCCAAUGAGAUCCUGGGACCAGUGGACCAGUACCUUGGAAUACCGUACGCCUCAGCUCCGACGGGUGAGAGGCGCUUCCAGCACCCAGAGUCCCCGUCCUCCUGGACUGGCGUCAGGAACGCUACGCACUUCGCCCCGGUUUGCCCCCAGAACAUUCACGGGAUUUUGCCCGACAUGAUGUUGCCUGUCUGGUUUACCUCCAAUCUGGAUAUCGUGGCCACUUACAUUCAAGAUCAGAGCGAAGACUGCCUCUACCUGAAUGUCUACGUACCUACUGAAGAUGGAGCCAACACAAAGAAACACGCUGAUGAUAUAACCAGUAAUCAUGGUGAUGAAGAUGAAGAUAUCCAUGACAAUGGUCCCAAACCAGUAAUGGUGUAUAUUCACGGAGGCUCCUACAUGGAAAGCACCGGCAACUUAAUUGAUGGAAGCAUCCUGGCAAGUUAUGGAAAUGUUAUUGUUGUCACACUCAACUACAGGCUCGGGGUUUUAGGCUUCCUAAGCACAGGUGAUCAAGCUGCCAAAGGGAAUUAUGGAUUGUUGGACCAAAUUCAAGCAUUAAGGUGGAUCAGUGAAAAUAUUGGAGCUUUUGGAGGGGAUUCAAUGCGGAUUACAGUCUUUGGGUCUGGUGCGGGAGCGUCCUGUGUCAGCUUGCUGACGCUAUCCCACUAUUCAGAAGGUCUGUUUCAGAAGGCAAUCAUUCAGAGUGGGACAGCCUUAUCCAGCUGGGCUGUUAAUUAUCAGCCUACCAAGUAUACCCGCCUACUGGCAGAGAAGGUCGGCUGCAGUAUGCUGGACACCAUUGACCUGGUGGAGUGCCUACGGAUGAAGAGCUAUAAGGAGCUGAUUGAGCAGGACAUUAUGCCUGCCCGUUACCACAUCGCUUUCGGGCCUGUCAUCGACGGAGACGUCAUUCCCGAUGACCCCCAGAUCCUCAUGGAGCAGGGAGAGUUCCUCAACUACGACAUCAUGCUGGGUGUCAACCAAGGCGAGGGCCUGAAGUUCGUGGAGAAUAUGGUGGACAACGAGGACGGUAUCUCGGCCAGUGACUUCGACUUCGCCGUCUCCAACUUUGUGGACAACCUGUAUGGCUACCCAGAGGGGAAGGACACCCUGCGGGAGACUAUCAAGUUCAUGUACACCGACUGGGCAGACAAAGAGAACCCUGAGACUCGUCGCAAGACCCUGGUGGCGCUGUUCACCGACCACCAGUGGGUGGCACCGGCGGUAGCGACAGCAGACCUGCAUGCCCAGUAUGGCUCACCCACCUAUUUCUACGCCUUUUACCAUCACUGCCAGAGUGACAUGAAGCCAGGCUGGUCUGAUGCUGCACACGGAGACGAGGUCCCCUAUGUCUUUGGUGUCCCCAUGAUUGGACCCACUGAGCUUUUUCCCUGUAACUUCUCGAAGAAUGAUGUUAUGCUCAGUGCAGUGGUCAUGACCUACUGGACCAACUUUGCGAAGACAGGUGACCCAAACCAGCCCGUUCCACAGGACACAAAAUUCAUCCACACAAAACCCAACCGGUUCGAGGAGGUGGCCUGGUCGAAGUACAAUCCAAAGGAUCAACUGUACCUUCAUAUCGGCCUGAAGCCCAGGGUGAGGGAGCACUACCGAGCUACAAAAGUGGCCUUCUGGCUUGAACUGGUCCCUCACCUUCACAACCUGAACGAGAUCUUCCAAUACGUGUCGACGACCACCAAGGUGCCACAGACGGACUCCACGCCAUUCCCUUACGUGACCAGGCGGGCCCCGGGGAAGUUGUGGUCUUCGACCACCAAGCGCCCACCUCUGACUCCCUCCCACAACCCCAACAAGCAGGCCAAAGAUACGCGCAAGUCCAGCCCCGAAGAGACGACGGUCCUGAUAGAGGACAAGAGGGACUAUUCAACCGAGCUGAGCGUCACCAUCGCGGUGGGGGCUUCGCUGCUCUUCCUGAACAUCCUGGCCUUCGCCGCCCUCUACUACAAGAAGGACAAGAGGCGCCAUGAGACGCACCGACGGCAGAGCCCCCAGCGCGGCGGCAGCGGUGGGGCUACCAACGACCUGGCUCAUCUCCAGAACGAGGAGAUGAUGUCGCUGCAGAUGAAGCAAAUGGACCACGAGCACGAGUGCGAGGCGAUGCAGACCCACGACACCCUGAGGCUCACCUACCCGCCCGACUACGCCCUGACCCUGAGGAGGUCACCGGACGACAUCCCGCUUAUGACCCCCAACACCAUCCCCAUGAUCCCCAACACCCUGGCUGCAAUGCAGCCCCUGCACACGUUCAACACGUUCACUGGAGGGCAGAACAGUACAAGCUUGCCCCACGCACAUUCCACCACCCGGGUAUAG